UAGUUUUGGCGGUUGGAUUUGGUUUUGCAAGUAAUCUGCUAACCUCUCGUUGGUUUCCCUCUCUGAAAAAGAAUAAAAUUUGAGUAGUUUCUUUGAAGAUGAAGGCAGCGACAGCAGUAACCAAAGCUACAAUCUUUAGCUUUAACAAUGACCGAUUCUCACUGUCACCGUCCCUGCUCCUAGUUCCAUCACCACCUCGUCUUCCUUCAACUUUGACCCUUAAACAACACCGUCAUGUGAAGCUACUGUUUGUUGCUAAAGCUGCCGAUUCAACUCAGCCUUCUUCUACCGCCUCUUCUCCGGCUAAACCUGUUGUUUCUGAUGAUGAAUUCUCUCUUGCCAAGGUCUCAUUUGGUGUAAUUGGACUGGGUCUUGGAGUUUCACUCUUGUCGUAUGGUUUUGGGGCUUACUUUAAUAUUCUUCCAGGCUCUGAAUGGUCUGCUUUAAUGUUGACUUAUGGCUUUCCUCUUGCAAUUAUUGGUAUGGCUCUCAAGUAUGCGGAAUUGAAGCCAGUUCCAUGCUUAACUUAUUCUGAUGCUCAAAUGAUUAGGGAGACAAGUGCCACUCCAAUCCUUAAACAGGUCAGAAAUGAUGUUAUAAGAUACCGGUAUGGAGAUGAGCAGCAUUUGGAAGAGGCAUUGCAACGGAUUUUCCAAUAUGGUCAGGGAGGAGGAGUUUCAAGGAGGAAUGCACCUAUUCUCCAGACGAUACGCGAAGAGGUCACUGAGGAUGGUAGAUACUGCCUAGUCCUGGUCUUUAUGGCAAAAGCUUUACAGUUGUCAGAUUUUGAGAAAAGACAGGCAAAAUUUGCUUCAUUCUUUGGACCGAACAUCACAGCUGAAGUAGGUAAGGGGGAAGACAACCUGUAUGAAGUAAAACUUAUUGCAAACAAAAAUGCAAAUGCAUCAGCUUCAUGAAGGAAAUGAUGGUAUCAUCUAAUUCUACUGUUUUAAGCCCUUUGUUCAUUAACAUAUAUAGGUUUAUGGAAGUUCUGCAUUCUUGUAAUAUAGUUAAAAGCAACAAAAGCAUAUACAAACUCAGCUGUAUAAUUAUGAAUGAGAUGCUAACAUUGAACAGCGCUGCACAGAAUCGUAACGAACAAGCAACAGUAUUUAAAUUAA